CUGCAGGUCGAUAUUGGCAAAAUGGCCCGUUUCGAACAGACAAUGAGCCUGUAAGUGAGGAUCAACGUGUUUAAGUGGACUCUGUUUAAACUUUCGGGAUGUUUCACCUCAGACUCACCUCCUGUUAGCCAAGAAUGCUAAAGGAAGUUAGCUUGUUAGCAGGAAGUAGCCGGAGCCGGAGCUCGGCCUCACAGUCGGAGCAGCUUCCAUAGAGACCAAACUGUAUUUUUCACGGAGCCCAAAUGUCCAAAUGUCCAGAUAGAGCUGUCUGAAUAGACUCUGUGCUGUUCCCUUUAUCUGAACAUGUUUAACAUCUGAAUUAUCUCCCGCUGUCCUACGAAGCUAAUGCAGUUAGCUUAGCUUGCUAGCUGGAAACAGUCUGGAGGAAAAGCUGCUGUGAAUCAGUAAAAAUGUCUAAAGUGGAGAACGAGGAGGAACUUUGUGGACAACGCAAACUACUGGACGCUGUUUUCAAGCCUGAAGCAGCAGCUGAAGAGAGACGGAAGUUGGACAACAUGCAGCAAACAGCCCUGGACUGCAUACCAGGAGAGCUACCGUCCGCAAAAAGGCCAGAGCAUGAGGAAAUCAGCAAAAAUCAAAACGUCCAGCUGCUGUUGGUGAGUGAAGAAGCGGUUCCCACUAAGCAACAGGAAUGGAGCCCCAGUCGGGACCAGGAGGACCCACCAGAGCCGCCACACAUUAAAGAGGAGUGGAUCUCCGGUCUGGACCAGGAGGACCCAACAGAGCCGCCACACAUUAAAGAGGAACAGGAGGAACUCUGGAUCAGUCGGGACGGAGAGCAGUUACGAGGGCUGAAGGAGGCUGAUAUCAUCAAGUUCACAUUCACUCCUGUCCCUGUGAAGAGUGAAGAAGAUGUGACAGACUGUGAUAGACAUUUACAACUAGAUACUGAUGACAAAAUGUCAGACUGCUCUGAACCUGAGACUGAUGACAGUUGUAAUUGGCAUGAGACCAGGGAACCUCAGUCAGGUUUAAACCCUCUGCAAAAUAAUAUUAAAUGUAACACUGGUGAGAAAUCAUUUAGUUGCUCUGAGUGUGGUAAACUGUUCAGGCAAAACUCACAGCUGAAGAGACACAUGAUAAUCCACACAGGAGAAAAACCUUUCCCAUGUUCAGUUUGUACAAAACGUUUCGGUGACAGAGGCACUUUAUCCAAACACAUGAGAAUCCACACAGGUGAGAAACCCUUCAGUUGUUCUGUAUGUGGUAAAAUAUUCACACAAAACUCAACUUUGACCGAACACUUAAGAGUUCAUACAGGAGAAAAACCUUUCACAUGUUCAGUUUGUCAAACAAGUUUCAGUCUCAAAAACACUUUAUCCAAACAUAUGAGAAUCCACACAGGAGAGAAGCCCUUCAGUUGUUCUUUCUGUGGUAAAAUAUUUACACAAAACUCUACUUUGACUAAACACUUAAGAGUUCAUACAGGAGAAAAACCUUUCACAUGUUCAGUUUGCAAAGCAAGGUUCAGUAGCAGAAGCAAUUUAUCGCAACACAUGAGAACCCACACAAGAGAGAAAUCAUUUAGUUGCAGCAGCUGUGAUAAAAGUUUCACUGAGCUUAAUGUUUUAAAAGACCACAAGUGUACUGGUUAGAGCAGUGUAUGUAAAUGAAGCUGCAGAGAUGCUUGUUGAGCCAACAGGACUGAAGAACUGAGGGCAAGACUUGGCUCAACACUGAUCAGUUCAGAACUGUGUGACAGACUACAAAAUAAGCCACCUGAUCAUUUUCAUUCUGUUUUCAGUUGGGUUUAGAUUAUUUAGUCGUUCUCGGGGUGCUUUAUGGUAUUACUUGUAUUCAUUGAUUUUAAAAUGGUCUAAAAUUAUUUUGCGCCACGUGUACAGCCCUGAAGUCAACAUGUGUUGUUUUAAUUGUGAUUUACAAUUGACUUGACUUACCUCACAACAACACAGUUUAUUUCUAAUUGAAUGGACUCUCCCAGUCUUGAAUUGAUCCCAUUAGACGCUUUUCCACCAGAAGUACUUUUAAUACCAGGAUCUGCUUUUCAAGGAACUAAAAGGUUCCUUCAGCCCAUUGUUGUGUGCGUUCCCACCGUGGUCUAAAGACCUGCGAAAAUUAGGCUAAUUAACCAGCUGAAGAAAAAGCGAUGGCCAUGCGUCGUUAUUCAUUAACCACGAUCCGUGAGCAGAAUUUAUAAUGAAUAUCUAAUUUCAUUGGAAUAUAAUGAAAAACUAAAGGCUUAGCUUGACCAACAGCUUUUUUGUGUGGGAGUGCAAUGAAGAGAGAAUUUAAUGACAAACUCUAUAAAUCCAUCAAGUUCUUAGAAGAACUCUAGCACAGAGAAAGCAACACAAACCAUAAUGAUGUGACAGUUUGGAAGGUUAUGAAAACAUUUCCAGCUGACAGGAGCUGCAGAUCAGCUGCAGGACUCGCGUCUAUGUCGCCUGAGUGUCGGAGGAACAGGAUUUUUAAUGAGCUUUAUUACCUGCUUUAAUCAACUGGCCCAUUUGUUUUGGAGAGGAGGAGACCGUCUUCAGCUGCUUGUAGAAACAUCCUGACUGAUGAAAACUUUAAACAAUAAAUGAGUCACAAAUGAGUCCAUCCUCACCUCCUCCAUCACCAUCUGGUACGCUGCUGCCACUGCCAGGGACAAGGGCAGGCUGCAGCGCAUCAUUCGCUCUGCAGAGAAGGUGAUUGGCUGCAAUCUUCCUUCUCUUCUGGACCUGUACGCCUCCAGGACUCUGAGGCGAGCAGGAAAGAUCGCAGCUGACUCCUCGCACCCGGGACACAAACUGUUUCAGACUCUCCCCUCUGGCAGGAGGCUGCGGUCCAUCAGGACCAAAAACUUUGCACCACAAAAACAGUUUCUUUCCGACUGCAGUUAGCCUCAUUAACGAGGCGGGGCCCCCACUAACACCGACUCAUGGCCCCCCCUCAAACACACACACUGCUGACCCCAUGUUGGAACAACACUUAACGCUGAAUUGAGAAUUUCUGCACAUACUUGUAAUUAUCCUGUUUUAUUUGACAUUAUUUUUUCCUAUAGUAUUAUGGUAUUAUUUUGUAUACUUGUAAAUUUUUGUUCUUUUGCCUUUUAUGUAUUUAUAUUUAUGUUCAUGUGUACUUUAAAGCACCAACAUAUACCACGGCAAAUUAUGUAGGUGAAAAUGUACUUUGCAUUCAGAUUCUGGUUUGGACCCAGUAUUAAGCGUUACAACACACUGCUGCACGCUGGCUGCUAUUUCCAAGCUAUAAAUAUAACACUGAUGGACGAGCUCAGGCCAUCGGCGAGA